AUGGCUGACUCGGCCAACGUACAGGAGGAGGAAAGUCAAAGGACAAUAUUUAAAGAAUUAUAUCGCCGCAGCGAGGCAAAGUUAGCGGGUUUGUUUGGAGGUGGUGAUUAUACUGCAGAUGCCGAUGAAUUUCAAGAUGUCUCGGCACAAGAUACACAAUUGGUCGAAGAUGAAACCGCCAUUGAACCGGCUAAGCAAGCACAACCACCAAAGAAGCCGGCGCGCGCCAUAGAUGAAGACAAUUAUGAUGAUGACGAUGAUGAAGAGGAGGACGGGCAGCAAGAUUCCCCCUCGAAGGGAAGAAGCGCGAAUGCUUUGUUGUCGCCCUCGAAGUCUGGGAGUUCUCCCAUUCAAUCUGACUUAUCCCCUUCAAAGAACGCGGAACAGAAUAAGGAUGAUGCUGCAAGCGACCAACCUAAAACUUCUGAAGAUGCGCGCAAGAAGUUGGAAGAGGAGAAGAAGGCCAUCGAGGAUGCUGCCAAGCGCAGCUUCAAUACCAUAUUCUAUACAUUGGAGAAUGAUCGGAUAGCUAUGCUAGAACAGCAAAGGCUGGAGGAGUCCGAACGGCAAACUGAUGCGGAAAUGGACAACAAUGGGAAUACUGGACCUACUAGUAACAGGCAGGCCGAACAACACAGUUCUUUGGCCAAUGCUGAGAUGGGCGCAUCGAGUUUGACGUUGAAGAAUCUCUUUGCUCGCAUUGAUGCAAAGCGUGACAGGGUUCAAGCUACGGAUAUGGAGCUGAGAGCCUUGAUUAACGAAGUCCGUAAGAAUAGAAGUAAAUGGGCCAAUGAGGACAACGUAAACCAGGAAGAAUUAUACGAGGCUGCCGAGAAAGUUUUGAGUGAACUCAAGGCUAUGACAGAAUACUCGGCUCCCUUUCUUGUCAGGGUUAACAAGCGCGAGGCUCCUGAUUAUUACAAUGUUAUCAAGCAACCCAUGGACCUCGGCACAAUGACUAAGAAGUUGAAGUCGUUGGUAUACAAAUCUAAGAAGGAAUUUGUUACUGAUCUCGACUUGAUAUGGGAAAACUGCCUCAAAUAUAAUGGGGCAGAUAAACAUCCUCUGCGAAGAAAUGCGGAAAACAUGAGGAAAGAGGCCGCAAAACUUAUUCCUCUAAUUCCAGAUCUUAUCAUUCGACCUAGAGCAGAAGUGGAAGCGGAGGAACGUCGUAAACAGAACGGAGGCGAUGAUGCCGAUGAAAGUGAUGACGAACCUAUUAUGUCUUCUCGAGGUCGAGGUGAAGGCGGUCGAGGUGUAAAGGGAUCUGCCAAGUCACGAAAGAAUGCUUCCGGACGUGACAAAAGCACUCCGGUUGUCGACAAAAAGCCUGCUAUUCAACUCAAUGGUGUACUUGGAAGUCUCAAUCAGGACGGUUGUGAAGUAGAAGGUAGUCAAAAUGGCUUUUCUACUCCAGUUCCUGGUGGUUCAGUAACACCCAGUGGUAUGAAUGGUGUUGCUAGUCAGGUUGAUGGCAUGGAUAUCGAUGUUCCUUCAAUCAAUGGUCUAGGUUUGCCUCAGGGAUUCGGAGGAGAAGAUGUCCAUGAGGAUGAAGAAUAUAAAAUCUGGAAACAGGUUACCAAGAAAAAUCGUGCUAUGGUUGCUAAGGAACGAAACCGAUUGUUCAAAGGUGAUAAAUUGAAUCCCGAUGAGCCUGCUCUUUUGCGAACCAAAGCCGGGAUGCGGAGAUGGCUGCGCCAACGAAAGCAAGAUGAUCCGAGUGGCUCAAAAGCUGAAGGUGUCGUGGAAGAUAAACCUGCGAAACAAGGCGCAGAGACUCUUGCCGAAGGUAUGGAAGGCGAAGAAGAACAUUUCUUGCCUGACUAUUAUGAUCCACUAUCAGCUAUUCCAGAUAUCAACCCAAAAUUGCAAUGGGUGGAAGAUGCAGAUGGUAAUCUAGUUGAGCAGUCGGAUGAAUUUCUUCGAAUGGUACCUGCUGGACACUUUACAGCACCGAAAAGUUUCUUGACCAACAAGGUUGAGGCUAAUAUGAAGCAAAUGCAAGAAACCAGAAAGUUGUGUUCUAAGAUCGGCGUUAUAAAGCAGAUGCAAUUGCAGGCACAGAUGUACAACAAUCAAUUCCCUAAGUAUGAACCUGAACCAUUUGUAGAAACAGAUAUCGAACCACAUGUCACUUCAGAUGAUGGUCCUAUCAUGUCUUCCUGGGUUUGCAAAGCUGCAAUGCAACGAUCUGUUGCCAAGCUAUGCUAUCAUGCUGGUUUCGAAGAAUUGCAGCCUUCUGCUCUAGAUGUCAUAACUGACAUUGCUGGAGAUUUCUUUGGUAAAAUUGUCAAAACCUUUGGUGUCUACCGAGAAGCGCAUAAAGUCCCUGCUGCACCUGGCUCUGGAAGUAAAUGGCAAGACCGUUACUCUAAUGAAGAAGUCGUCUUGCAUACUUUGGGUGAAAACGGUAUGGAUAUAGAAGCCCUGGAGAGCUAUGUCAAAGAUGAUGUUGAGCGUUUGGGAACCAAACUUUCAGUCAUGCACGAACGCAUGAAAGCACAUCUUACAGAUUUACUCAGACCUGCUUUAACAGAUGGAACUCAGGAUGGAUCUGGUGCAUUUAACGAGGGUAGUGAACAGUUUGUUGGUGGUGAUUUCGCUGCGGAACUUGGUGAAGAUUACUUUGGGUUCAAGGCACUCGGUUUGGACAGUGAAUUCUCAAUGACUAGUCUUGGCGUACCGUUACAUCUCCUCCAUACGAGAGUACGUAGCGCCUACCAAGGACCAGCCGCAGCUGCGCCACAAGCUGAAAUAUUCCAACCACUGCCUCCUCUACCACCUAUUACCAGGGAAAGCAUAGCCAGUCAAAUUGGCCUCGUCAGGAAUUUCUUUCUCGCCAAGCUACACGCAAACGAUGAUGAACCUCUGGUGGAGGACGAAGAACUCACUGGAAAACAAAAACCAACGCGUCCACGUCUUGGUCCAACGGGUAAAAUCACUAGUCCUCGCAAACGUCCACUAAAAGAACAAAGUGGCAAUGCGAAGAAAAAGAAGAAGCUAGAUAAUGGUACAGCAAUUGAACCACAAUCUUCAGCUAAAACUGGUGUAAGUGGAAGUCCGCAAAAAGGAGACGGUAAGAAGGUCAGACCUGGUGUACCGAAUGGUGGGGGAGGAUCUGUGUCGGUGGAUGGAGUGGAAAGUCAGGAUCUUAAUAGUCCGAUUGAAAAAGAUGAUGGGACUUUAGGUCCAAUGAGUCCCGAAAGUAUUAUUGAACGGUAG